GACGGCCCAGUUCACAUUCACAAAAUCACAAAUCACAACUGUUCACAACGCAGAGCAGAGACCAAACUAGACUGGAGAGAGUAGUCUGGGAAAGAUGGCGGCGCUCAUAAAGGCCGUGCAGCAGGCCAGCACGAGUAUGAACGGCAUAACAAGACUAUUGACGAAUUUGUCUUUGGCUCCGAGUGUCAUCGCUUCCCCUAAACGCGCGUUCCUUCGCAGUACACCGACUUUGCACUGUGCAUUUCUACACCUCACGUCGGAACGACGUGAUCUGAUGGAAUUCUUUGACAAUCCGAAGAAUUGGGGAAAGAACGAGGUACGGGUCGGCCGAUCUUGGAAAAAGGAUGAAUUGAGAUUGAAGAGCAAUUCGGACCUCCACAAAUUAUGGUUCGUGUUACUGAAGGAACGUAACAUGCUCAUGACCAUGGAGGAGGCGUGCAAGAAUGCGAACGAGAUCUUCCCGAAUCCCGAACGUCUGGACAAAAUUCAGGACAGCAUGGACAACUUGGAGUCGGUCGUUCGCGAAAGAAACAGGGCGUAUCAUUUGCUCGAGACCGGCGAGACGGGAGAGCGUCCUGGAAAACUGGUCUAUAAUAUCUUAGGUUUAAGGUUUUACUACCGAAUGCGGCAGUACGUCAUUCCAAAGUUCAUGAACACGAAAUGGCACAAGACGCAUCUGUUCGGCUUCGGCGGAUUCGCAACUCGAAAAUUCCUGCGCUUGUACAAGGAGAAACUUUGGAGUCAGAAACGCAGAGCUACAAGACGUGACAGAAAUCGUGUCGCGAUGAUAAUAAAAAGAUUCCCGAAUGUAGAUAUCGAGGCGCUGAAACAACAGUUUCCAAAUGUUGAUAUAGAAGCGACAAGAUCCUCCAAGAGAGCAAGAGGUCACACUGUACCUAUGUAGGUGAAAUUCCUGUUGAUAGAGUAGCAAAUUAUUGAACAUCUGUUAUAUUUGUGAAUGUAAGAUACUCGAUCGCUAAUACAGUAUAUAAAUAUGUAAAUUUAUAUGUAGUAUUUUUUUUUAUCGUGUCUAAGAUUCAAAUCCUCAAAUUAACUCGAAUUAAUUAUAUAUACUGCUUAAUCGCAUAUAUACUGUUUGUACUAUAGAUCAUGUAUAGAUAAAACAAAUAUUAUCUAGUGUAGAAUUCUCUCUCGCUAUUAGAGAACUACAAUAACUAAAAUGAAAGAAUUAUACUGAAAACUUCCAAAGCUCUUAAAUAAUGCAUGAAAUAUAUAUGAUAGAGAGAAUUGAGAAUAUGGUACAAAAUAAAAGGAUAUAAAAUAAAAGAUUAAGAAAACGUCCAGUGUUAUUGAAAUCUAUAUAAAUUGUGAAUUCGAAGGUGCUUCAUAUCUUUCCUUCUCAUGUAAUGUAUUACAUUUUCAAGUGAUGUAAAAGGACGAGCAAAAAUAAAAAUAUUGUUCGGUCAAA